AUGAAAACUUCAAUUUACCCAACUCCACCACCUAGCCACUCCACCACCCCUUCUAACAACAACGAACAAGCAAUGCCUCUGCCCCUCCUCGCCAUCCUCCUCAUCGCACAAUACUUCCCCAUGGUAUCUGCCAGCUGCAGCAGCACUCGCGCCUUUUGCAAUCUAAACUGCCUCGGGAGAAGAACGGAGCCCGACCCGGGCUGCUUGAGUGAUUGUACGAACGAGUAUCUCUGCUGCAACAGGCCGAAUGAUCCAAGCUGUUAG